AUGGUUACAAGUACAAGUAGUGAUAGUGAUGAUGAUACUAGUAGUAGUAAUGAUGGCAGUCAACGAGAGUUGUUGGAGACGUUGGACUCUGCCUUUGACUAUGAAGGUCGCGUGGAUCCUCGUUUGACGAAUCACGAUUUCCGGAGUGGCUAUGUGAGUGUGAUUGGCGCUCCCAAUAUGGGGAAAUCCACCUUGGUGAAUGCCUUGCUAGAAGAGCCGUUGUGUAUUGCAACACGCCGACCGCAAACGACGCGGCAUGCCAUUUUGGGAAUUCUGACAACCACCAAUUGUCAAUUGUGUUUGUUGGACACGCCGGGUGUCAUUGGCGAACCAGCAUACAAACUACAAGAAGGAAUGAUGGAAGCCGUACAAGGCGCUCUGCAAUCUGCCGAUGUGCUGCUGGUUGUCACGGAUCUCUUUAGUACUCCCAUUCCCAAUGAUGAACUGUUUCAAAAAAUACAAACACAAGCCAAUUUCAGACCCGUCAUUGUCGUCAUUAACAAAAUUGAUCUCAUUCACAAGAUAUCAGCAUCCACAACCAAAAACACUGAUCAAACAAAGGAUGAUGAAACCACAAAGACGGUCACGGUCGAACAAGCCGUUGCCAGAUGGAGACAAAUGAUUCCACAGGCCAUUGCCAUUAUUCCCACCUGUGCGUCUUCUGACGACAACUCCAACAAUAACCAAAAGAAGGAGGAUCCAGGAGUGACGGCACUCCGUAAAAUCCUCGUGGGUGGACCGGAUCUACCGGCUGCCAUUCGAAACUUGGGACGACCCAUUCCAGGCAUGUUCCCAGCCGACGACACCGUGACCAUGUCCGAUGCACAAGCACAACAGUUAUUGCCGCUAGGACCUCCUCUCUAUGACAAAGACAUGUACACGGAUCGGACCGAACGUUUCUUGGCUUCGGAAAUGAUCCGGGCGGCACUCUUGGAAACAUUUCAAAAGGAACUACCUUAUUGUUGUGAAGUACAAGUCACGGCAUUCAAGGAACAACAAACCAAACUCAUCAAGAUUGAUGCCAACAUUUUUGUAGAACGAGACUCCCAAAAGAGAAUUGUCAUUGGAACACAAGGAGCCAAAAUCAAACAAGUGGGAAUGCUCGCCCGGGAAACAUUGCAAGACUUUUUUCAAACCAAAAUAUAUCUACAACUGCAAGUCAAAGUCGACAAGGAUUGGCGAAAGCAAGAAGACAAACUCAAACGGUUUGGGUAUUUACAAUAA